AUUACAGUUUUUUUUUUUUUUGUACAUACUCCAAUAUUUCUUCUCGUAAAUCGUAAAAGAAGAAAAAACCCCAAAUAGUUUCAAUAGUAAGAAAUUGUUUCUUUUUCCACGUCUAUUUUUCCAUUGAUGGUUGACACUUUUCAAUUCUCACAAACCAGCGAGAUUCACAGCUUGCAAAUCUCACUUUCCGCCCUUCAAUGGCGGAAAACGACGACGCUUUUAGUUUCGGCGAUUUCAAGUCCGCACCUCAAACCAAUGGCGUCACUUCCACCUCCAAAACCGACGACGUAUGGGCCGAUUUCUUCUUCAACCCGUUACCCCCUCAAUCCCAGUACCUCCCCAAUAAUGAAUUCUCCAAUUGGGCCCAACCCAAGUCAGACCCAUCUUCGAUUCGGGAUGAUCCGUUCCUGAACAAAUCUCAGAAGCCGACGAUUGGAGCUUUGCCGUUGUCCUUGUUCGGCGAAGUCGAAGAAGAAGAUGGAAGUAAUAAUAUUAGUGAUAACCCUCAAUCUCAUCAAAACGGGAAUUCUAAGUUUAAUGGUUUUAGCUUGAAUUUUGAUGGGGUUGCUUCAGAUUUGGUUGUUUCUAGUGAUAAUAAUAUGAACGAUAAUGAUGAGGAUGAAGAUGAUGAAUGGGAAUUUAAGGUUGCAUUUUCUGGAAACGGAAUUGCGGAACAAGGGAGUUUAAAGGAACGGGGUGGCUCUGUGGUAUCCGGAUCCGUAAUUGGGACUUUGGCGAUGAUGGACCGAGAAAAGCAGGCCGGUCAGGAUGCUUCCACUUCUGUGGACCACAGGCCUGGUGUUAUCAGUUUCGUACCUCCUCAAUCUAUUGAUUUUUUUGCUGCAUCAUAUGGGAAUGGGGCUAAUCAUCUAUCAAGUGAGGAUGUCGGUAUCAAAUCAACCGCAAGCAUAACAAAUGGUUUCACGUGGGAUCCCUUUCCUGUAGUUGAAUACGUUGGCAAUAUAAGUGGAAUAAGUGCAAUUUCAAUGAAUCAAGAUGACGAUUUUGAUGACUUUGGGGAUUUCAUAGAUGCAUCGAAAGAGGUUGUGUCGGAGGAGCAGAAGCAACUGGGUGCUCACACAAAUUCUACUGAACUUCAACUACCAAAUGGAGAAGUCCAGGAGAAGCAAACCCAAACAGGACUUUCUAGAGGAGCCUUGCCCCUGUCCCUCUUCAGUGAUGGUACAGAGGAAUCCAGCGAUUGCUUGAAUCUUCAGAAUGAAGUGGUCCAUUUGCCUAGCCUUAGUCCUGGGAAUAGCUUCAGUGGCCAGGGUUCAGCAAUAUCUAUUAAUGAUCUAAUAUCAAAUUUGUACAGUCAAGCUCAACUCACAUCUUCAGCUGAUUCUACUGUUAAACCUGCUGAAAAUGAAGAGCAUUCCCACCCAAAAGUAACGGUACCAAUUCCAUUGGAAGUAGAUGAAGACUGGAAUGAUGGUUCCUGGGAAUUUAAAGGUGCGGAAUCAGAAAAUGGAGUUGAAGAGCAGUUGUCCACUGCUGUUCCGGUAAAUAUUGCUCAGAAAGAGUCAGAGAUCUUACCAGAAUUGCAAACUUAUACAGAGUUUUAUGAUCAAUUAAGGGGGUCAUUAUGCUUUCUUCUUUCAUGCCAACUUGAUGAGCUAAAGAAAGCUCGAAAUUCAGAUGUUGAAAAUGGGAAUGGAGGUAAAGCAGAAGCUCUUGAUGAUGAAAUCCAGGAAGUUUCAAAACUAUUGGAGGAGAGUGUGAUUUCUAAGGAAGUACGUUCAGAGAAAGACCUUGAGAGAAGCAGUUGUCUUAACAAGUUCCUCGAGGUCCUGCAAGGACCAAAGUUCAAUGUGAUUGAAGCAGAUUUUUCAUUGUCAAAAAGACUGCAGUUGGCAGCAAAUGAGUGGAAGGUUGCCGCUGAACUCUUGAGACAUGCAAUAUCAAUGCUGAAAAUUCUUUCUCUAGGAUCAUCUGAUGAGAAAUCGUUGUAUGCAUCCACUUGGUCUAAGAUUAUUAAUGUUUGUGAUCAAGAAUUGAGGCAUGGUGCGUCGAUAUGGAAAAGAGCAACAGAGAAGAAUGUACAACACCAGAUUUUGUCAGAUUCUCGAGGUCAGCAGUUUAUUCAAGCUCUUGGAGAAAUUUACAGAGUUGUAGAACUUGUUGGGCUGUCAGCCAAAGUUUACAGGCCAUGGAUACUUCUAAAUGUGUUAGAUCCUUCACAGUUUUUGAGUGCUUUGGUUGAGUGCGGUGCUUUAUGGGUAAACUCAGGUCUGGAGGAAAGCCUACAAAAUUUGUCAGAUGGUGUUGAUUUUCAAUGUAAUGAAACUGCAAAGGCAUUGGUGAUCUCUAUCAAGAAUAUUUGUGAUAUUGAUGUGGUCACUGUGCAUGAUCGUCUUCUCCUUGAACAUAAAUCAGUUUGCCGGCUGUCCCUACUGCCUCAAGAUAUGAUGGACUUGAAGAUGGUGACAUGGGGUGAAAAGGCUUACUUUUCGAACUUAGCUAACUUGUGGGCGAAUCUGAUCAGCUCUGAUUCACCUCAGUUACCCAAUUUGCAAGUUAGUUAAGCAGAUGAAUAUCAGAAAUGCUUGUGAUUAUCUCAGUGACAUGCCUAUUGAAGUUUUAAGUUCCUCCCCCAAGGCUGGAAUAUCAAUGGCAACAUAGGUGUUUCUUAGGGUCUUUGCACACUGCUCGGGGAUGAAAGAUCAAGUAUUCGGGUUAUGAAAUUUUGGAAAAUUCGAAAUUAGCUCUAGCUGAUUUAAUCCCCCCUUCCCCCCUUUUUUGUGUGUUAAAUUAAAUUUCAGCUGAUACAUCAUUCUUUUAGAAAGUGUAACAUAGUGCCUCAGGUAUAGAAAUGUUUAAGGAUGGGUUACAUUGGCAAGCAAUGUUCCCAGAAGAGAGUAUUUAUUCACAGACAUAAAGAUCUUCAUAUCAAUCAUAUGUAUACAUUUAGAUUUACCAUUUUGUUA